UAGAUUCUAGACUGUAUGGAUGUUGUUGUGGAUGAGUUCAUUAAUGCUGUAACGUUUCUUUGGAAUGUAUUGAAAUGACAUAUCUUGUAAUUGCUCUGGUUUUCAUGUUCUUGGAUGAGUGAAUGCCUGGUCUCUGGCUGUAACUUUUAUCUAAAAACUUUGGAUGAUGUGUGAUGAAGUUAUGAGAGAUUUUAAUGCUUCUGCAGCCGUGAUUGGUUUUCAGUGGAAAGCUGAAAAUUGUUCAAAGCAUUGGCACUUCUUGAUCCAUAGUAUGGAUAAUUGAUUGAUGAACAAAGACUGCAGAAGUAAUGCAGAUUUUGUAGAUGCCAGAUUUUUUAAUAUGUAUUAUGAUAUUUUGGAGAUUUAAUGUAAACUUUUAUCCACCAUCAAGCGUGCUUAGCUUGUUAUCCAUUGAAGCCACAUGAACCAUUUACUAGGGAGCUCCAAAAAAUACCACAUUUCUAUGUAUAUAACUCGGAGAGGAAUUAAAAAAUUGAUGAAAUUGUGUGGUUUCUUAUGUGGGUUUUGCUCUCUGAAUUUAAAUCUCCGGGGUAGGGGACUUAGACCGGUUUGAUCCGCGGGAGAGAGGAAUUCUGCAUAUUUUGUUGGAAUUUUCGAAAGCUGCGUGGUUGAUUACUGGGUAAUGAAAUUGUGAAUUAGUAGUAUUCGAUUCAGGUUUCUUUCAAAUGCGGAAAACAAGAUUGGGCUUCUGUUCAAUAUGAAGUAACCGCAUCAUUCUUUGUAGUAUUUGCCAAGUGCUUCAUUCAGAUUUCCUAGAGGCAGAGAUGAAUAUAACUGUGAAGAGUUCGUCAAUGGUGCAGCCUGCAUUACCCACUCCACAGAGGGAUCUGUGGAACUCUAAUGUGGACCUGGUCGUUCCAAGAAUACAUACUGCUAGUGUUUAUUUCUACAGACCCACCGGCAGUCCGGACUUCUUUUCAAUCGAGAUUCUAAAGGAAGCUCUGAGUAAGGUGCUGGUCCCUUUCUAUCCCAUGGCAGGCCGACUGAAGAGAGACCCAGAUGGGCGUAUUGAAAUUAAUUGCAAUGGCCAAGGGGUUCUUCUUGUGGAGGCUGUUACGGAUUCUGUGAUUGAUGACUUUGGGGAUUUCGCGCCCACUAUGGAGCUCAACCAGCUCGUUCCGAAAGUUCAUUAUACGGAAGACAUUUCUGCAUAUCCUCUGCUUGUACUUCAGGUAACCUUUUUCAAAUGUGGAGGAGUGUCAUUAGGUGUGGGAAUGCAACAUCAUGCGGCCGAUGGGUAUGCUGGUUUACACUUCAUCAACACCUGGUCUGAUGUGGCCCGAGGGCUAGACAUUACUCUUCCACCAUUCAUAGAUAGAACUCUCUUAAGAGCAAGAAAUCCUCCAACUCCAAAAUUUCAUCAUGUAGAGUAUCAACCCCCUCCAGCCCUAAAGAAUCAAAAUGAUUCUGUAAAGGGAAACAAAAAUGAUUUCUCAGUUGGGAUCUUCAAAAUCACCAGAGAACAGAUAGAAAUACUUAAAGGAAAGGCCAAAGAAAAUGGAAACAAAGUGGCCUACAGUAGCUAUGAAAUGCUCUCUGGACAUGUUUGGAGAUGUGCUUGUAAAGCAAGAAAUCUUACAGAUGACCAAGAAACCAAGUUGUACAUUGCAACAGAUGGCAGAAGCAGGCUUCGACCGCCUCUUCCCCCUGGUUAUUUUGGCAAUUGUAUUUUCACCACGACACCCAUUGCCGUUUCAGGGGAUCUAGUUUCAAAGCCUCUGUAUUAUUCUGCAAGCAGAAUUCAUGAAGCCUUGGGGAGGAUGGAUGAUGAAUACUUGCGAUCUGCUUUAGACUAUUUGGAACUGCAACCUGAUCUGACUGCUUUAGUUAGAGGUGCUCAUAGUUUUAGGUGUCCUAAUAUUGGCCUCACAAGCUGGGCUCGUUUGCCCAUCCAUGAUGCAGAUUUUGGUUGGGGAAGACCAAUAUUCAUGGGACCUGGAGGUAUUGCUUAUGAAGGUCUUGGUUUCAUUUUGCCCAGUCCUACAAAUGAUGGAAGUAUGUCAGUUGCACUAGGAUUGCAAACGGAUCAUAUGGUCCGUUUCAAAAAGUUUGUUUAUGAAAUCUAGCUAUUACAUAUGAAUCAGACCUCUGAUCAGGGCAUAUUGUUUGUCUUGAAUUUAUUUUAUCAUAACAAGUGUUGCAAUUUUGUCUUCUGUGAAAAGGGAAGAUGAUUGAGAAUAAAACAAAUCUGUAAACCAUAUUCUAGAUUUGUGUAAAGGAUGGCACACACCCAACUGCUGUCAUCAUAAUGCAGAGAUCUGCAUCUUUUCUGCUGGAUAGCUUCUCAGCGAUCCCAAAAUUGUACAUGUUACCUCGAGAUGUUUUGCUGGUCAGAGAUUUUAAUACUUCAAUUUUAGUGUACAAUGAAUUCAGAUGGUUGGAGAUGAACUGGAGACAGGCUGCUCACCAUAUAAUGAAGAUGCUUUGUAUAUUGCUCUGCUAAUUUAGAAGCUAUAAUAAGAAAAUUAAUGUAUUUUAUUCUUUUUUUCAAA